GGCCUCCUGGCUUGGAAGCUGCUAGAAGACCAGACGCUGUCCGCUUUCCCUUGGUGGUCCACCCACACCUAGUCCCGCCUGAAGAUGGCAGACGAUCUUGGAGACGAGUGGUGGGAGAACCAGCCUGCAGGAGCAGCCAGCAGCCCAGAGGCAUCAGAUGGUGAAGGAAGAGGAGACACAGAAAUGAUGCAGCAGGAGACAGCUCCAGUUCUGGCUCUGUCAAAGAAAACCAAACAGAAGAAGAUUACUGAUGUUCUUGCAAAAUCAGAGCCAAAACCAGGGACUCCUGAAGACCUACAGAAGCUGAUGAAGGACUAUUACAGCAGCAAUCGCUCAGUGAUUGAGUUAGAGGAACUAAACCUACCAGACUCCUGUUUCCUCAAAGCCAAUGAUUUGACUCAUAGUCUUUCAUCAUACCUAAAAGAAAUCUGCCCUAAGUGGGUAAAACUUCGGAAAAAUCAUAAUGAGAAGAAAUCGGUCCUGAUGCUGAUCAUCUGCAGCUCUGCCCUCCGGGCCCUGGAGCUUAUUAGGUCGAUGACAGCAUUCAGAGGAGACAGCAAAGUUAUGAAAUUAUUUGCAAAACACAUAAAGGUCCAGGAGCAGGUAAAGUUGCUGGAGAAGCGUGUUGUGCACCUGGGUGUAGGAACUCCAGGAAGGAUUAAAGAACUCAUUAAACAAGGUGGCCUUAAUUUGAACCCCUUAAAAUUUCUGGUUUUUGACUGGAACUGGAGAGAUCAGAAGUUGAGGAGGAUGAUGGACAUUCCCGAGAUAAGAAAGGAGGUUUUUGAACUUCUGGAAAUGGGAGUCCUCAGUCUGUGCAAGUCAGAAUCUUUGAAGCUGGGCCUUUUCUAAGUCUGGGUCCUAUGAAAAUUCCAGUUUUUAUGGGAUUUGCAUCUCAUUUAAUAGCUCUGGAAUAUUGCAAGCACUCAGUAAAUAUCAGCUAUUGUUUUAUUAUGUUAACUGCAUCACCAGAUGAAUCACUAGAAAUUUUUGAUGGAGAUUCUUUGACAAAACUGAAGCUGUCCUUUGCCAACCUCUCUGUAUAAUAAAGUAUCACCAGCUUGUGUGUGAUUUUUUUUU